AUGGACAAGGAUAUUAAGGCACUGGUGGAUAAUUGUCGAGCGUGUAAUAGUUUCAAAAAUAACCCGCCGAAAAUUGAACAGCACAUCUGGGAGCUUUCGGCAGCUCCAAUGCAUCGAGUCCAUGUGGACUUUGCAGGUCCAUUCUUAGGACAUUGGUUUUUUAUUGUAGUUGAUGCAUUUUCAAAAUGGCCAGAAGUACGUAUAGUGAAAAAUAUUACGGCAAAAACGAUUAUAGAUGAAUGCAGAGAAAUUUUCGCGAGGUAUGGUGUUCCUCAAUGUUUUAUAACCGAUAACGGUAGAACAUUUACAUCGGCCGAAUUUAAAGCAUUCCUGGGACGAAAUGGCGUAAACUUUAAAUAUACCGCACCAUAUAAUCCGGCAACGAAUGGUCAAACGGAACGUUUCGUUCAAACUCUUAAAAACGCCUUACGACGUAUGGAUGCGAAUACGGCAAAUGUACACGAAAAACUUUGUAAAAUGUUACUACAGUAUCGUAGCGCGCCUCAUGCGACAACUAAUAAGUCCUCGGCGGAAUUAUUUAUAGGAAGGCAAAUGCGCACGAGAUUAGAUUUAUUAUUCCCAAUAAAGGAAGAAAGCAAGGUAUUAGGUCAGGAUAGUAAAAGAUUUAUGAUAGGGGAAAGAGUAGCAGGUAGAAAUUAUAUAGGCCGAGAUAAAUGGAAGUUUGGCGAAAUUAAAAAUAGUUGCGGGAAACUCCAUUAUCUAAUUACUCUCGAUGACGGACGAAUCUGGCGUAGACACGUUAACCAAAUGCGUUCAAUUGGUCAGGCAACUCCGAAACAGGAUGAGGAUUCAGAUUAUGGAUCUGUAGAGGAUGUAAUUGUCGGAACAAACAUGAAUGCCUCAGAGGAGGAAGCUAAUGGUCGGGAACAACCAGAAAAAACUCCACCGGAGGACUCACACCAUCCCACAGUGGGUCAAAGAGCCGAUCUAGCAGGCAAAAAGUCGUUAUACCGAACAUGCUCAGCCGAUUUUCGUGACUUAGGGUACCCUGGGGUUUUUUGGGUCGCUGAUCACGAAUCUGAUGUCAGAUUGUUGAAAUUCAAAAUGGAGGACUCAAUAUGGCGACCAUAA